UGUCUCUUAACCACAGAGCCAAACAGUGAGAAUGAUGAAGUUACAUUAGAAGAAACAGUUGGUUUAGAGUGUUCUCUUUCUUUGGAAGCAGCAUCUUCUGGGCUAGGUCUGCGGUUUCAAGAGUCUUGGCUCUGAAAGGCAUUGAGAUUCAAGAAUCUGGAGCUGUUUUCACGGAGUAGCCAAAAGAGCUCAGGCUAAGAUUUUUAUUCAUCAGAUUGUCUGCUUUCAGGAUUGUUCUCAGUCUUUUCCCAGUGGAGCUGAGCAGGGGCGUGUGGCCCCAGAAGUUUGGAGUGACUUGGAGAAAGCAAAAGGGACAUACCAUGAACAUCAACUUCAAAUCCCAGCCUGACCCACUAACUGGCCAUGAUGUGAGCAGAAAUGCAAAUUGUUUUCUAGUCAGACACACCCCCCAUCCCCGGAGAGUUUGUCAUAUUAAAGGUUUAAACGAUAUACCUAUCUGUGCUGUGAAUGAUGAGAAUAUUUUUAAAGCUCUAUGUGAUGUUGACCACUUGACCGCCCCAGAUAAGGAUAUACCACCACUUAGCAAAAUCAUCUAUGCAAACAAUGCCAGGUCUUUCCAUAACCCAGCACCAAACAAGACAAAAAUGCCACCUCGGCCUAAUUCUGAGCCCUGUAAAAACACAAAUGAGUUCUCUAGUGAUCCUUGUGACAGUGGUUUAAAGAUUAAAAAGGAAGAGCUCCGCGACAGACCUCAAGUUUCAGGUCUAAAAGCAAGCCAGCUUCCUAUGUUACUUUCCUCUGAAUUAACAAAUCCUAAGAAUGAUAUGAGAGGCAAGACAGUUUGCAUACCGAACUAUCUGGAUCAGGAGAUAAAAAUUCUGUCAAAGCUGUGUGAAAUUUUACAAACUGACUCCCUGGCAGAACUCCUAACAUGGCUCCUCCAUGCAAGUGUGAAAGAAAAAGAGUGGGUAUCAGCUUUAAUCCAUUCAGAGCUCUCUGAGAUCAACUUGCUAAAAGACCGGGACCUCCUUCACCAAAAGAGUCUUGGAAAAGAGAAAGAAAAACCACAUCCUACUGUCAAACCUGGCAGUGCCGCUUCUGCAAAAAGCAAGACUCCAGCCUCAGUCAAGGAAGAAAUAUCUAAGGUCAACAGAGUUUCAAGUUUUAUCAAGGAAAAAAAUAAAGAACCCAAACAAGCAGCUGAGAAUAAGCCUGGAUUGACUAAAGAAAGAAGCACUCUUGAAGAAGCCAUUUCAGAAUAUUUCAGCAAAACAAAAUCUCCAACUAAGAAUCUUAAGAUUUGGGAGAGAACUUGCUGCCCUCGCCCAGCCAGAGCAAGAAGUCAACAGCAAGGGAGCAGGCUAUCUUCCCCCAAAUCCACUAAUAGCCCUCCUUUAAAGUUUUAAGCCAAAAAAUCUUUGUGGCAGUAAGGAUGAAAGAUAGAAAGCCUGUUAUGGUUUUCCCUCUAAAAAUCCCCAGGUUCAUCCAUUCUUUCUCUCAAGAAAUAUUUUCAGGGUGGCCUAUAAGAACCAAGCAUGGACUACUUCCUGGAGUAACAAGUUUCAGUUCUCAAACACUGGUAAAUUAUCAUCAUUAUUGGGUUUAGCAAAUGAAUGUUGAAUAGGUUUUAAUUGUUUUUAUUCUUAAUUUUAAAUUCUGCAUAAAAUAAAAUUUAAAAAAAUAUAUAUGCA